AUGCCUACGCAAACAAACAAUUUACGUGUUAAUUUUGUAAAAACUUUGCACACAUCACAAAAUUUAUGGGAGACAAAACAAAAUCAACCAGAAAAGCCGGAAAUUUCCAGCCUGGACCCUGUAACACCCCUCAGACUAACUGAAAAAGUACCCCUGGGUAAACUAGAGGGUAAAAUGCAGUUGAUCUACACUUGUAAGAAGUGUAACACCAAAAAUAUGCACCACAUUUCAAAACUUGCAUAUCAAAAGGGUGUAGUCAUUGUAACAUGCAAAGGAUGUGAGAAUCAUCACUUGAUUGCUGAUAAUCUCAACUGGUUCACAGAUCUGAAUGGCAAGAGGAAUAUUGAGGAGAUUCUGGCUGAAAAAGGUGAAGUUGUGAGAAGGUUAAGUGUAGGUGACACUAGUCAGGAGUUUAUCACAACUUCUGAAGGUGAAAAGAGUGGAAACAAGUUGUAA